AUGACCGCCCUUCAGCCCAAGCAGGAGUGGGGUGCAUUCCAUCUUCUACCAGUGACUAGCCGAGAGCCCCACCCCCAUCCUUCGUGCCGUCAGCACAUGGCUGGGCAGCCAAUUUCUCAGACCCAACAGGGAAUCCCGUGCGGCCUUCUAUCCCAGGAGCAGCACCCUGGGUCCAGCCAGGGCCACAGUGCAGCAGAAGCAGCCAGCCAACGUGGGCUCCAGAAAGGCGUUCGGUGCCUCCGGUGGAGAAAGUGCAGGGUGGCCCAAGGAAGGCCGGGCUGGGAGAGCGACAGAGAAAGUAAUCAAAUGGCUCAGAGUCUGAGUGAAGGACGGCGGGGGUCUGGGGCUGGGGCGCCCAGGGGAGCACGCGGGAAUUUGGUGGGGGAGGAGAUGGGGCGGACCCAGCCGGGGGGCGGACCCAGGGGGACCGGCCUCUCCCACUGCCUCGCCUCUGCUACUUUCAUUUUCUGCCCUCUGACAGCCAUGGGGGGCAGCAGCCUUCUGGACCUCCCGCUUCUGCUUUUUAUUGUAAUUAGCAUUGAUGGAGCCUUGUGCAGAAACACCGUGUCUCCCUGGCUUGGUAUGGAUUCCAAGUGGCCACAAGUAAAGAAAAACUUCACUAAGAGUGAGGCCAUGUGUCCCGAAGGCCAGCACCCUGUAGGGGACAUCUGCUGCCAGUUAUGCCCUCCUGGCACGAAGAAAGCUUUUGACUGUGUGAUGGACGGUGGCAAACCAACCUGUGCAAACUGUGCCCCCGGGGAGGAUUACACGGACCACCCUCACUAUUAUGAUAAAUGUCUGCGGUGCGGCCUUUGUGAUGGAGAGCAUGGCUUGGAAGUCAGAAAGAACUGUACCACUCUUCAAAAUGUCGUAUGUGGAUGUGCCAAGCACUUUUUUUGCAACAGCCCUGAGUGUAAGCACUGUGAGCCCUGUGCCCAGUGUGAACACGGCAUCCUUGAGGAAUGCACUGAGAACAGAAAUGCCGUCUGCCACGUGGGAGUCCCAAGGAAUAAAUGGCUCUAUCUGCUGUUGCUGCUGUCAAUCCUGCCUAUAAUUCUUCUCAUCAUUUAUUGCUGGAGAAGAAAAUGCAAACAGAAUGUCUAUACCUGGAAAGUUAGAAAUGAGGAAAUCAUUCCUCUGAGUUAUAAAGAUAUUGACUUGAGUACACAUAUUCCAAAAAUUGCUGAGAAAAUGGAACUAGACCAGGUUAGGAGGUUUGUCCGGAAGAUGGGCACAACCGAAGUUAAAAUUGACCAAGUCAAGAAUGAUUACAGCAAUGACACGGAAGAACAGAAAAUCCAGCUGCUGAAACACUGGUAUGAGAGCCACGGAAAAAAGGGGGCAUACGGACGACUCAUCUUGGGCCUCAGGGACAUCGGACUGCGUGUUGUUGCUGAAAAGCUACAGGAAGUCAUCAGUGCCCACCCAGAGAAUCAACCCGAAAAUGGAAACUCCAGCGUUCUACACAUCCAAGGCCUGGACUCCAGUUAGAAGUGUCUGGAGCCCUGUGCC